AUGGGAAUCAAGGGCUACCAGCCCAUCGCGAAUCUCCCCGGCACGGCGACAUCAUUGGACGAAGAGUCGCUCGCUGCAGCGGUGGAAGCGGCGGCCAAUGAGAAGAAGCCACGUCAUAUCAGGCAGCUGGAACAAGAACGGCUGAGCGUGGAGGAACUGAGCGAGCUGGAGAGAAUGCGGGCCAAUGGGAGCCUGCCGUGGACUGAUGAGGUGGUGGCGGCGCUUGACAGGGAGACGGGUCGUCGCAGCGGCGAAGAUGGCGCCAGGGGUGGGGGGAAGAGAAGGAGCAAUAUUCGAUUCAUGAUGUGGCGCGAUGAUACUGGCGCGCAUCACUCAGCGUUCAUUAAGGCGCGCGACGGCAAGGAGCAAGGGAGGGGCAGCAGCGGGUUCAUCGACCGACUGGAGCUCGACGGCUCGCCGGUGGCCCCGCCUCUGUCCGAAGGAUCUUUCGUUGCUGGCAGCGGCGGGUUCAAGCUGCUUCUGGCGGAGACGCGGAGCUGCAAGGGGAAGGACGAGGAUGAGUUUCAUCUCACGAUCGACGGCCUGGUGGACAUGGGCAUCUUAGCGCGUUUGGCGCAUCCACUCAUGCAGACGGCUACGGAGGCCCAGGCGCAUUUCAAUGUGCACAUCGCCCGACUCAAUGUGAGCAACAUUCUGAUUGUUUGCUAUGUGUUGGCUGUGCUUUGCCUGGGCGGUGCUGCCAUGAUAGCUGUCCUGGUACAGUACCGUUUUUGUCAUUUUGUCCCAUGCAACGUCUUCCCUUCACCCUCUCCCCCCUCUCCCCCUUCCUGUCGUUCCCUCUCUCUCCCCCGUGUGCAGCACACAAGCGGCAUUCACGGCGUGCUGGGUCAGACCUUCACCCAUCUCCCCCCUUCCUGUCGUUCCCUCCUUCCCUCUUCAUUUCUACAGCACACGAGCGGCAUUCACGGCGUGCUGGGUCAGACCUUCCGAGCCGAGGAAUCCCGCAAGGUGCGCUCGCUGCGGUACCGCCUGCUGACCCGCCUGCUGCGCGAGCCGGUGGAGGUGGAGAGUGAGAGUGGCAGGGGAUUCCUGGAUGGGCGCACGGAGGACUACAUCACCUCAGAUAUUCACUCCGCGGAUUGCAUGUAUGCCGCUGCGUGGCGUAGGGGGGAACAUGAAAGCAGCGAUGGAAGCGAUGUCAUGUGA